AUGAAGAUUAUGAGGAGGAUACUUUUUGCCCUGCUGGCAGUAAGCAGCACAGUGGUCCAUUGCAGCGAUGUGAAGGAUAAACUAUUUAAAGGCAUAAAAAGGAACACGACAUUUUUAGUACUGAAUGAACCCAUUGUGGACAUGGGGCUUAGUGAAGGGUUGCUGCACACGUUGUUGUUCGACUUGGAGGUGGGAGAUAAUUUGUACACCCUGGACGAGAAUCUAUUAAACCAGAGAAAUGUGAAGCAUACGAAUAUUUUCCACCUUUUGAUGGAUACAUACAAGCAGGUGGAGAACAGCCAGGGGGGAGACGCCAUUCGGUACGUGUUCCUCUGCACGUCUUUCACUAGAUUACACCCGCUAAAUUUGGAGCUUCUGCUGAGGAAGUUUAACAAGUACAUUUACAACGGGCAGAGUCACGAAAAGGGGGACAUAGACGUGGGGGGGAUUGUGAGGGAGUACAAUGAGGAGGUGCAGGGGAAGCGAGCCACGUUGGGGGGGAUGAGGAGUGCAGGUGCUAGUCCAGGUGGUACCACGAGUGGGAUCCCCGCCAAGGACCUCAUCGAACGCAUGCUGCAGGAUCAAGUAAACCACCUUUUCAGUGACGACAGGGAAGGGAGUGACAAAUUUGUGAAGCCAGGUGGCACCUACAAGGGGCUCUUCCUUGGCUACGGAUUUAGUGACAAAGUAUCGUCCGCCCCAAAUGGGUUCAUUUUUCCGUCCCUAAAUAGCGGCAUUAUAAUGGACAUCACUCUGUUAAGGCGCCUUUACAACCAUUUGGUGGAAAAUUCCAGCGGGCAAAAUUUAAACCUGGUAAAAGACAACGCACGUGAAUUGUCGAACUACAUUGGGGAACACCUGCAGGUGAACCUGACCCCAUUUGAAAAUGCCUGCCUCACAGAUAAGGACAACGUCUUCCUUGUUGAGAACGAAGGGGGAAGCAACUACGACGUGUAUAGGUAUUACCUCGUGCUGCAUCUGUUUAGGGAUUACAAAAAGGAUAACAGUGUUAACAAGGCGCAUGACCUGGGGGGAACAAAUGCCAUGAUGAACCCCCCUGCGGAAGAACGACCAACGGAUGACGAACUGGCAGAACUAAUCAUCUCCUACUUCAACCUUGCCUACCCUAUAUCUACCUGUGCAAGUUAUUCCAUCCGUUCGAAGCAGGAGACCUUCGUCGAUUACGAUAAGUACCACCUCAUGAGCAUUGAAAAUGAAGUAAAGUUGGAAAAAUACAUAAAAGAAACUGAGGACGUGCACUACAACUCCAUCGAUGAAUAUAAGACCAAGUUGAGUCAGAUUAACCAGAAGUACGAUACCCUCUUCGAUGAAAGCCAACGGAUAUGGACUCAUAAGAAUAUCCUCCUCGCUGUGGUAACCAGUGCAGAAACGGAACAUCGGAUAGCCCAUGUGAAGAACACCUACGAUAAUAGGGAGAACACCCAGCAGGUAUUCAAUUCGUAUCAGCCUAACGGGGGGGGAGACCAACCUGGGGGAGCCAAAAAGAAGGACCAAUCCCACUCAAAAGGAAACCUUCUCAACCACGACUUCCUCAAAAGUGCCUUCGAAAACGAAAAAAUAGACAUAGAAAUAAUUUACUUUUCCGAUAAGGAGAGCAAACAGUAUGACACACUCCACCUGGAGGAGGAACACAAAGAAGUAAACACCCCCAACCAGGACACAUUGUGGAAGAAGGAAAAAAAUAUAAUUUACUACCUUUAUGAAGAAUACGUUAGGAAGAAUUCCCCAAUAGAUUUUUUCUUCAUUUCGCAUGAUGAUACCUUUGUAAAUGUUAAAACGUUAGUUGAUGUGAUAAACCUAACGCGUAACGAAUGCACUCACUCGAGAAGACACAUGUUUAGGAAGUACGUAAACUCAUUUGACCACAUGGAAGAAAGGGAAGCUAAUUUUUUGCGAAAUUUUGAAAAAAAAUACUUACACCUAUAUAGGUACCUGAAAACGAACUUUGUUAAAACGAUUGACGCGUUGAAGAGGUAUGAUUACGUGCCGACUUACUGUAAAGGCGCCGGGGCAACCAAGGGUGCAUCUGCCGGGGCGCCCCCCACAAGUGUGCCCCUUUAUAUUGGGAAGAGGUAUUCGAGCAACUCCUUCGCAGAGGAUGGAAACAGCUUCUUCCACUACUUGGCCGGUGCUGCGGGGAUGGUGCUUAACGGGGAGGCCGUGAAAAAAAUCUACUUCUGCAAAGGGGUAUGCGAUGUAGACACUUCCUAUCGGACCGCUUCCCAUGGAGAGUGCGACACGAACCUGCUGAACGAUGCCUCUUUUGGCAAUUGGGCCAAGGGGUUGGGAAUUCUUCCCAUCAACUUUGAAGGCUUUUUCCCCAACGGUCCUGAGCAAUAUUCCACAGACUACCUGAGCACUAUUACACCCGUUUCUUUUCACAAACUGAAUGAAGGGAGGACCGUUGAAGAAACGAAGGAGGCGUUCUUUCACCACCUAGUUAAUCCUACUAAACAGAGGAACAAAGCGAACCACAAGGAGGAAGACAUGUCUGUGGAUUACCUCGACAGGAAUUACAAAAAUAGCAUCGAUAACAUAUUUCACUUCUUCUUCUACGUUAAUAAGGUGGAAGAGUGCAAGUCCGAUGAGUCCAUACUCAAAACGACGGAACGGAUUUACGACAAAAUGGGGUCUAGCAAAAAAUUCAAUCACCUCUUUGAUAUGACUACCUUCUUUAUAAGGGACGUGGAAGACAUGCUCUACUUCCAGAAGAGGUCAGCUAGCAAGGGGAACCUCAACAAUGAAAAGGGAAGCAAGGAAACUUACACCAACAAUUAUGUGCAGCGGAAGGAUGCACCAGAUGGGCACCACCACGCUGGAGGGGAAGACUCGAGCAACUUUGGCACAAUGGACGAGAUGGGUGAAGUAGACGACUUGGGGGAGGAAGACCAUUUGGGAUCCAUGGACGAUCUGGACGAAGAGGAACAAUUCGACGAUGAUGAUUACGACUAUGAAAAGUACCUAGACGGAAUAGAGGCGCAUAAAAAGGGCACCGGUAGCGUCUCUACGGAUGACUUGCCGGAGGACCCCGAGUGGGGUGACGACGGCGACCAGGACGACAAUUUGAAUCUGCCCCCUGACGGAGGCGAAUUAUAA